CUGCAAACACAACCACGUUAACCUGCCUCUUCGGCUACUUACUACAACAAGCAGAAAUAUAGUAUACCACAAGGUAGCGAGAAGCAACCCUUUCAAACUCUACCAGAACAGCUCUACCUCAACUAAAGAGUCAGACCAAGGGCAACUCGAUCGAGAACAGUCUCGACUUUACCAUCAUGGUUGACGCCAAGAGCGCUAUCAACCCGGACCUUCUCAAGGUAUCCAUCUUGGGAUCAGAGUCUAUCCAUGUGGGAUUCCACCUCAUUCCCUACUUCGUCAACAAGAUCCUCUGGACCCUUCGAUCUUCGACCUAUGUAAUUGUGACGGAUACAUGCAUCGGUCAACUGCAUCUCCCGGAUGUCGUCAAGGAGUUCCAAAAGCAGAUCGCCGAGGUGCAGGCGAGCGAUCCCCAACUUUCGGCUCAAUUGGCGCGAGGCGAGAAUGUAGGACCCAGGGUUUUGUAUUACGAGGUCUCGCCUGGCGAGGGAGCCAAGAGCAGAAAGCAGAAGGAGAUCAUCGAGGAUUGGAUGUUGGAGAACCACUGCCUGCGAGAUACCGUCUUGAUCGCUCUGGGAGGUGGAGUUGUGGGAGAUUUGACAGGUUACGUCGCCGCCACCUACAUGCGAGGGAUCAAGUUUGUUCAGAUCCCCACCACUCUGCUCGCCAUGGUCGACUCCGCUGUCGGCGGCAAGACCGCCGUUGACACCCCUCAUGGCAAGAACUUCAUCGGAGCGUUUUGGCAGCCGUCAUUCAUCUUCGUCGAUCUGUCGUUCUUGGAGACCCUUGGCAACCGUGAAUUUGCCAACGGUAUGGCAGAAGUCGUCAAGACCGCCGCUAUCUGGAAAGACGACGAUUUCGCUCUACUGGAAUCCCGGGCCAACGAGAUCAUCUCCGCUGUCGAAUCGGGCAGCACAAAAGCGGACCACACGGGUCGAUUCGCUGAGACAAGGACCGAAGCUCAGGGCCUAUUGAUGACGGUCGUGACCGGAUCGAUCUAUGUCAAAUCACAUAUCGUGACUAUCGACGAGAGGGAAACUGGGCUUCGAAACUUGGUCAACUUCGGUCACACAAUCGGACACGCCAUCGAGGCGGUCCUUACCCCCCGAAUGCUGCACGGAGAGUGUGUCUCUGUCGGAAUGAUUCUUGAAGCCGAGGUCGCUCGCCAGAAGGGAGUCUUCUCUCAGGUCGGAGUCGGCCGACUGACUCGAGCACUAAAGGCAUACGGCCUGCCCGUCUCGCUGCAUGACCCGAGGAUUACCAGUCUUCCUGUUAGCAAAAAGUUGAGCGUAUCGACGUUGAUGAACCUGAUGAAGGUGGACAAGAAGAACUCAGGUGCUUUCAUCAAAGUAGUUCUGCUCAGCAGGAUCGGAAAGACCUACGAGGAGAAGGCAAGCUCGAUCGAGAACCCCAUCAUCGAAAAAGUUCUCUGCGAUGCCGUCAGAGUUCGCGCUGGGAUCCCCAGAUCUAUGACUGGCGACAAGCAGGGCAUCGUUAUGAGCACUCCCGGAAGCAAGAGUAUCAGUAACCGAGCUCUCGUCCUCGCUGCUCUCGGAUCGGGAGUCUGCAGGAUGCGAAAUCUUUUGCACUCUGACGACACCGCUGUUAUGAUGGCCGCGCUUUCGGAUUUGAAAGGUGCUGUCUUCAGCUGGGAAGAUGGUGGGGAGACUCUCGUCGUCCAGGGUGGUGGCGGCAAGAUGCACCCGCCACAAAGCGGAAAGCACGUAUACCUGGGCAAUGCCGGAACUGCUGCUCGAUUCUUGACUGCGGUCUGUACUCUGGUACAACCUGAAGCCGACCGAGAUCACACCGUGGUCACGGGUAACGCUCGUAUGAAGCAGCGACCUAUCGGUCCGCUUGUCGAUGCUCUCCGAGAGAACGGUUCCGAGAUCGACUACCUGGAAGGUUCUGGUUGCCUUCCUCUACGCAUCGCCAGCAAGGGUUUGAAUGGAGGUCACAUCAAGCUGGCUGCCAGUGUGUCAAGCCAAUAUGUUUCGGCUGUGCUUUUGUGUGCGCCGUACGCACGGGAACCCGUCACUCUGGAGUUGACUGGAGGGCAGGUCAUCUCUCAGCUCUACAUUGAUAUGACCAUCGCCAUGAUGCGCGAAUUCGGUGUCGAGGUGGUCAGGGAGCAAGACGCAAAUGGAACCCUGCUGGACGUCUACAAGAUCUCGAAUGGGGCUUACGUCAAUCCUGCUAUCUACAACGUCGAGUCUGACGCUUCAAGUGCUACCUACCCGCUAGCCAUCGCUGCCAUUACUGGAACCACUUGCACAUUGACCAACAUCGGAUCCUCUUCCCUGCAAGGAGAUGCUCGAUUCGCCAAGGAGGUUCUCGAGCCUAUGGGAUGUACCGUCGAGCAGACGGCUACUCAGACCAAGGUGACCGGGCCUCCUAUCGGCCAACUUCGCGCUCUAAACAGUGUCGACAUGGAGCCCAUGACGGAUGCGUUCCUGACGGCCAGCGUCCUCGCCGCCGUGGCGACCCAGGAGCCUUUCGAGUCGCGAAGGCAAGCCGACCUCGGUGCCAAUGUCACCAGAAUUUAUGGUAUCGCUAACCAGCGAGUCAAGGAGUGCAACCGUAUUCAAGCCAUGCGAGAUCAACUCCGCAAGUUCGGUGUACAGACAGAUGAGUUUGACGACGGUAUCAUCAUCUUUGGUUCGCCGCUCAAGAGUCUCAAGGAAGGCGCCAGCAUCCAUUGCUACGAUGAUCACCGGGUGGCUAUGGCUUUCAGCGUUCUCGCUACUGUGGUCGACCAGACUGUCAUCACCGAGAAGCGAUGUGUCGAAAAGACCUGGCCGAACUGGUGGGAUGAUCUCAGCCGAAUCAUCGGGAUCGAGUUUGAAGGUGUCGACCUCGCUGAUCAAGGUCAGACCUCGGGAUCGGGCGCCUACGCCUCUCACUUGGCGGGUUCCUUGCGCGAGAACGCAACCAUCUUCAUUACCGGAAUGAGGGGUGCGGGCAAGACUUACCUCAGCACCCUUGCUGGAAGUCUGCUCAACAGGCCUGUCAUUGACGCGGACGACUGGUUUACCGAGCAAGUUGGAAUCCCUAUUUCGCAAUACGUCGCCGCGAACGGUUGGCCAGCUUUCCGAGAAAAGGAGCGAGAGCAUCUCGCUCACUUCAUUAAAGAGAAGCCCGACGGUUACAUUAUCAGCUUGGGCGGUGGAGUUGUCGAGACUCAGGGUUGUCGAGAUUUGCUAAAGGCUUACCUGGCGGACUCUGGUAUCGUCGUGCACGUCUUCCGGGAGAUUGACGAGAUCAGGCGCUAUCUCGGCGAGAUCGGUGACACUUCGCUGCGACCCUCUUAUGGAGAGUCUGCUAUGGAUGUCUACCAACGUCGUCGUCCCUGGUACUACGAAUGUUCGAGCCACGACUACUUGAACUACAAGGGCGCUUUGGUUGGCAAUGAGGCCGCCGGCCCAGGCGAUGGAUCUCGGGCCGAAGCUUCUCGGUUCUUCCGCUUGCUCGCCGGCCUGAGCAACAACAGCCCGGAAUUGGAUGUCAGCCAUCGAACAUCGUUCUUGGCCCUUACGCUGCCCGACAUCACGCCAGCUCUAAGCGUAUUGGACGACAUCACUGUCGGUGUCGAUGCAGUUGAGCUCCGAGUCGACUUGCUGUCUACCACCGGCUCAGCCCCUACUCACCCGACCAUUCCUCCCAUGGACUUUGUUGCCCUUCAACUGGCAGCUUUGAGGCAUCAUGUCGUGCUGCCCGUCAUUUUCUCAGUGAGGACCGCUUCUCAAGGCGGAUUCUUCCCUGAUGAGGCGGUGGACGAGUAUUUCGAAUUCGUGCGACUGGCCAUUCGAGCUGGCUGCGAAUUCAUCGACAUCGAAGUCGGCAUGCCUAAGGAUCGCGUUGAGGAGAUUAUCAAACACAAAGGUCCCUCGCAAAUCGUCGCUUCAUGGCAUGACUGGUCAGGGGCCGCCAAGUGGAACGAAACGACGAUGGCCCAAAAGUAUCAACAAUGUCAUGCGAUCGGCGAUGUUGUCAAGCUGGUUGGUACCGCGAUCGAGCCAGAGGACAACACCCUGCUUUCGGUCUUCGCUUCGCAGGCUCGAAAGACGUCCGACAAGCCUUUGCUUGCCAUCAACAUGGGCCAACAAGGUCAGAUGUCCAGGGUGCUGAACCCGAUCCUGACACCCGUCACCCAUCCGGCGCUUCCGAGCCCUUCGGCACCCGGACAGACCACUUUCGCCCAGAUUCAACAGGCGUUGCAUCUGUUGGGGCGCUUACCUGCCAAGAACUACUAUCUUCUCGGCACUCCCAUCUCCGCUUCGUUAUCCCCAACGAUCCAUAACACUGGUUUCCAGGCACUAGGACUUCCACACAAGUAUUCCUUGCACGAGACUGAGGAAGUCGACCUCAGUAUCUCGCGUAUCUUGGCGGACCCUCAUUUCGGUGGAGCAUCCAUCACUAUCCCUCACAAGCUUUCAAUCAUGCCCCACCUCACGACCGUGUCUGAUGACGCUCGUGCUAUCGGGGCUGUCAACACCAUAACCGUGAAACAUACCGAGGAAGGCUCUAGGAUUCUGUAUGGUGAUAACUCCGAUUGGAAGGCAAUCAGAACCAUGGCUUUCAAGCAGCUGCCUACCAACGUUCGUCUGACCGAGACGACGACCGGUCUUGUCAUUGGCGCGGGUGGUACAUGCCGCGCUGCGGUUUACGCGAUCCAUAAGUUGGGCAUCAAGACGAUCUACUUGUUCAACAGGACGCGUGAAAAUGCGGAGAAGGUUGCCAAGUUCUUCCCUAAGGACUUCAACAUCAUCUGUGUCACCAGCUUGGACGAUCUCCCUGCCGCCAAGCCAACCGUCAUCGUAUCGACUGUACCCGGUGGCAGCAUGACGCUGGAGCCUUCCGCUUCUGGCAUCUUGCUGAAGCCUACCCUGUUGAACGAAGAUGGAGGCGUUGCCAUCGAGAUGGCCUACCGCCCCAAGGUUAGCGCUCUCAUCGAGCUUGCUCAACAUACUGAAUCGUGGAACCACGUGUUCGGCGUUGACAUCCUCCUCGAACAAGCCUUUGUGCAAUUCGAGGGCUGGACCAAGCGUCACGCUCCUCGGAACGUCCAGAUCGCAGCUGUUCAGCAGAAGGAGAAGGAGAGGGACGAGGUAGCUGCUAGAGCUCAGAGAUCCGCCACACCGAAGAUGGUGAACGGCCAUUCGAAAUCAAUGAAUGGCAAGAUGGCGUCUUUCCCGCCUGCGGCGCAGAUCGAAUACUCUUCUUCCGCGCCCAUGCCGACUCAAACGGCUUCCCACACUGUCAAUGGAGACGACCCAGAAGUACCUACCCACCUCUAUCAAAGGCUGCCGAAGCACCUCUUGAUCUCGCAAGGUGGCAACAAAGAGCCUACGCCCGACUACUUGCGUAUGAUUUUGCUAUGUACGUUGGUUAUGCGAUACUCCGCUUUAUCUGGAUCGCUUAUAUAAUUGACCUGUUUCGGAUCACAGCCAAGGUUUACACUGCUCCGCUUAACCUUCAGGAGACACCUCUGACCCUGGCCGUCAACCUUUCCGCCAAGCUCGGAAACGAAAUCUGGCUGAAACGAGAGGAUAUGCAACCCGUCUUUUCUUUCAAAGUUCGAGGAGCUUACAACCUGAUGGCGCAUCUGCCAGAGGAGGACAAGUGGAAGGGCGUUGUCACUUGCAGUGCAGGCAAUCACGCUCAGGGUGUAGCUCUGGCCGGUGCCAGCUUGAAGAUCCCUGCUACCAU